ACCGAGAACCAUCAUUCACGAUCAAAAAUUCGUAAAAUUAGGAUUAUUAGGGGAACACAAUGUCUAGAUUUACUAUCAUCUUUGUGUUAUCAGUAGCGAGUACCGUUUUGGGUGCUCCUAAGCCACAGCAAUCACAGGAUGCCAGCGGAAUCGAGUUGCUAAGAUACAAUUCCACCAACAACAACGAAGCAGGCUACCAGUUUACAUACGAGCAAAGCAACAAACAGAUCUUUUCCGAACUGGGAACACCGAAGGACACCAACGAUGGAACAAAGGUCCUGGCCGUGGAAGGAGCCUACACGUUUGUGGCACCGGACGGACAAACCUACUGGGUAAACUACCGUGCCGAUGAGAACGGUUUCCUACCGAAGACGGGAACGGGCACCGUUGGUGGAAUCCAGCCAGGACAGGAUGCCCCGGUUAGGACAUGAUGCACGCGGGGGUUCCGUUCAUCAAUUAUAUACGCAAAUAGUGCCCAGUGCAGAUAUGGUUAGGCAACUUAGUGAUGACUUUUGUAAAAACGAUAUUCGAAUACUCAAAUAAAUGCAACGACAAAAAGUUUGUUUAAAUCUGUAA